AUGACGUCACGUGGUGGUAUGAUGACGUCACAGGCAAGUCCUCUUAACCAGUCAGAGAAAAGAUUUGUUGACAGCACCACCUCUCCCAUUCACCCCCAGUAUUUGGAAAACAAAGAGAACUUCAACCCUUCCCGUCAGACAAGAUUCCAGCCAGAUCAGAGUUGUCAAUAUAGUUCACCUCCACUUCCUAACCAAGCACCUGACCAGACCGGACUACCGCCCCCACAGACUCCCAACCCCGCCACACCCAUCAUGGGACCCUCCCUCGAUCAGUCAGCUGCUGUUCUGGGACCUAGUCCUGGGUAUUAUAACAGGACAGACAGCGGCACUUCUGCGGGGUAUCCCAGAACAAACUUACCAGAAAGUGCUAGAUUACCGCUUCCGGAGCAUUCUAGAAUACCACAACAUUCCAAACUUUCAGUUCCUCAGUCAGAAAGUUCUAGACUGCCUGGUUCAGACCACGUGAUAGAACGAGGAGAAUCCCUGUCAUCAAUCCGACCAACUCUCCAACACGAACACCAUGCCAAGGCUCAAGAAAUCCAGGAUCAGAGAUCACCUCACAGUCCCACACCCAGAGUUCCCACUCAGUUCAGAGACAGUUCCGAGAAAAACUAUCAAGACAAUUGCCCACGUGACCAGGGCCCACGUGAUCAGUGCCCACGUGACCAGGGCCCACGUGAUCAGUGCCCACGUGAUCAGACACCUGAUGGCCCACGUGACCUGGACCGAGCCGCGCGACCAGCAGAACUACACAAGGCGCCUCACCCGGCCCACAGACCACCUCACUUAGGAGGGAGACCUCCUAACCUACCCUCUCAUCUGUUCCCUAACGAUACGAGACCUCUCCAAUUCCACACCCCACCCCCUACCAGAGGGUUCCAGCCCCCACUACCUUCAGGGCCCAGAUCAGCUAAUCUACCUCUACACAACGUUAGAGGAGACUUUCUUCAAACCAUGAGACCCAAACAAGAGCCCAUGCCUCAACUUGAUAUGGGGUAUUUUGACGCCGCGCGGGGUCUAGGAGAGGGAGGGCUGUCCCGAAAUACCGUCAACAUGCCCCUGGACAAAGAGAGAGGAGAGGUGUACCUUGGUAACCCUGGUAACAAAGCAGUACCCGAUAACUUAGCUGCAGGGUAUUUACCUUACCCUGAUACAAUGAGUAAACCAUAUAUCCCCGGAGGGGAAUUCUUUACGAAUAGCUCUGCUAAAGAGCGAUUUAACUUCAGUUUCAAAGAAACUAUUGGCAAGAUGUUGUCGAAGAAGAAAAAUACAGCAGCUUCAGACGUUAAUCCGGCGGGGAAAAGGACCAAGUUUUCCAACGAGCAGAUCAGAGUUCUGGAGCACUAUUAUCAGAACGUUAAUAAAUAUGUUACCGGGACAAACAAAGGAACUUUGUGUCAGGUUACUGGACUGGAGCUCAGCACUGUGUUGAUGUGGUUUCAGAACAAGCGUGCCAGGGAGAAGAAGCAGAAGACUAAUGUGUAA